AUGUCGGCCUUGGGCCCGACCGGGUCCAGCUCCCAUACACACCCAGGCCUAACCUUCCCCCAGGUCACUGGGAUCAGACGCCAAUAUGCAUCUUCGCAUUCGUCCACGCCGCCGAAACCUUCCCCGACACCUCAGCAACACCAGUCUCCCUACCAGCCUCAGCAAUACACACCUCAGCAGCCCCCACACGCUCCGUAUCCUCAUCACCUCUUCUCGAGUACGACCUCUUCUCCCGUGCCCAACAUCGCGAGCAUUCCGAACCUGCAAAAUGGCACCUCCAGACAUGUUCCAGCUCAGGCUCAACAUCAACAUGCCCAGGCAGCAGUACAAGUUGCCCAACAUGCUCGGCAGCAGCAGCAGCAGCAGCAGCAGCAGCAGCAGCAGCAGCAGCAGCAGCAGCAACAACAACAACAGCAACAACAGCAACAACAGCAACAGCAGCAGCAGCAGCAGCAUGCGCAACAUCAAAGGAGUAACCAGCAACGGCAGAUGCCACCACAAUCGGGCCCCUCCAGUUCCAUGGCAUAUCUCCAACAGGCCAUGAAUCAACCCAUUCAGCAAGUUCAGCAAGUCCCGCCACAAGUUCCACAACCGAUUCAGCUCCCGCGUGCUCAGUCAGUACAACAUCAAAUUCAACAGCAAGUCCAACCUAUUCAACCGCAGCCUGCUCAGCAAGUGCAGCAACAGGUCCAACAGGUCCAACAGGUCCAACACACGCAGCAAGUGCAACCGAACGACAGCAACUUGAUGUCCCGCACGCCACCGCAUCUCCAAACUCAUCCACAAGCACAAUCUCAAUCUCACCAGCAGUCCCAUUCUCAACCUCAUGCUCAAGUGCACCAAAAGUCUCAGCAGCAACCUCUACAGCCCCAAUCGAAGCCCCAGCAACAGAGCCAACCCCCGCCAACUCCCCAAACCGAGCCGACCCUUCCCUCACAUACCCCCCUUCACGAUGACGAUAUGGAUAUCGACAGUCAGGCGGAGGAUGGUGAAGGAGAUAGCCAUCUACAACCCAAACUCAUCGAUGGCACUCCUUUUGUGCCUCGGACGCCAAUGGGCGGCAUGAUGUCUGCCCCGCCAGAAGGGGGCAGCUUCCCGAGCUUGGAAGCCGUACACAGAUACGUCCUAGAGUAUUGCACCUCGGUGGGAUACGCUGUGGUUAUAGGACGGUCCAAAAAGACGGUACCGGGCCUGAAGAAGGUCUUGUUCGUAUGUGACCGGGCAGGAAAGCCUCCCAGUCGCGUGAGCCCGGAGCAGAGGAAGAGAAAGACGUCAUCCCGCAAAUGCAAUUGCCAGUUUGGCUUCUUCGCCAUAGAGCAGAGGACUCAGUGGACAAUUCGUUACCGUCCCGACCAGGCUCACCUCACCCACAAUCACGGACCCAGUGAGAGCCCCCUUUUGCACCCGGCUGCGAGGAAGCUGGACAGCACGAUGGUGGCUGCGGUGAAGAGCCUCAAGGAAUCCGGUAUCGGUGUCACCGCAACGUUGGAAAUUCUGCAACAGCAGAAUCCUCAUGUUCCCCUGCUCCCAAGAGACAUUUACAAUGCUCGGGCGGCAAUUAACCGCAACCCUCAGAAGGUCGAAGCUGGGAUCGCGGAGCAGCGGCCUGCAAUAUAUAGCAAGCCUGCCCCCACGGCUGAGGAACGCAUCCGGUCCGAUCUCCGAAAGGAGCUUGCUCGGACUAGAGAAGAGUUGGAAAAACUCAAAGAAGACAGCAAAAAAGAAAUCGAGGCACUUGAGGAGAAACUGCGCGAGAAAGACCAGAUGAUCGCAAAGUUCGAGAUGUUCAUUGACAUCUGCAAUCAGCGGGUGAUGGUGCAGAGAACAUUGUUAAACGAUGGCGAGGCCAGUGUUCCAGCCGGCAGCGCAAGCACCUGA